AUGAAAUUGUAAUAACAAGGACACGAGCAUUAUUAAACUUUGAAUCAGUAUUUGGUACUUGCCUUCCGCUCAUUUAGUCGGUCCAUGUCCAAUGGAGUUAGCCUUUAUAUAGAUAGUGCGAGUUAUAACUUUUGAUUCUUUUUCAAGUGACGCAAAUCAGUCACCUUCGUCUAGAAAUCUUUGUUUUGAUCCCUAUAAGCAUAUGUACGAUAUGUAUCAAAACAAGGAAAAUUGCAAAUGCACGAUGUCAAUAUGUAAAUCCCACUGCACCGUCUAAUUUAGGUGAGCCAUUAUGACGGGUGUGUUCGAAUAUCGGCUGCCAUUUGAGGUCAUCCCCGAUUCUUGGGGUUUGGUUCAGAUUCAGAAGCAACGGCCCCAAGAGUACUCUCUUAUUACUCGAUUGAUUCACAACCUGUCUGACACCGAGUUCAACCAGGUUUUGAGCAGUGUGACUGCCAACGAUAAUGUAUUCGAAAUAAGAGCCACCACACCUGACACGUUUAUUUCCGAGUGUUCCAUGAAAAAGGUCAGCUUUACCCAACUCUUUGUCUGGGUUGUGGAGGGUCUCCAAGCCGAUCAUCCUGCGAGUGCCACUCUGGAAGCAUUAUAUUUCCCAUUUGUUCCCCUGAAAUGGACUAAAAAUAUUGAGCAUGCUCAUGUGAUUGAAUUGGAUUUAGGUCAGGAGAUCCAGGUUGAGGUAAAGGCAGAGGGUAUACCCAAACCCAUGUAUCACUGGUUCAUCAGGGGUCCAGCGGAUUCGGAUUGGAAAUCGUUUGGCGAUGGGCCCCAGAUCAGCUUUCAAUACUUGGAACCCGUCUCCUAUCAAUUAUUUUCUUGCCAAGCCAUGCAUCAAAUCCUGGUCAAAUCGGAUGAUAACCAAGAUAUCCAAGGCAUCUACUCAGAGCAAUUGGAGUUGAGGCUCCGGGAGGGCUCGAUUCAUAUCGAGGUUCAACCUCUGACCAAAGAGUGCCUCAUUGGGAGGAGUGUUCAAUUGGAAGUCAAAGCUAUCAGUGAUCAACCACUAACACUUCAGUGGUAUCAAAAUGAUCAACCUGUGGCGGGGGCUUGCGAGGAAACGCUCCUAAUUCAAGAAUUCUCUCUCGAUGAUAUUGGAGACUACUUUUGUCAAAUCAAAAAUGACAUGGAAUCCAAGGAGUCCGUGAAAGCCAAUCUGACUUAUCUGGUUCCCACUGAAGAACAACUUGAAAGCAUCGAGUUUUCCAACGAGAACAUUGUGAUAGUCCAACAACCCAAUUUCAAGACUGAAGUCAAAUGCUCCGUUGGGGAUAAGGUCAGUAUGAGAUGUGUGGCCGUGUGUAAAUACGGGCUCAAAUACGAAUGGAUCAAGCAGGGCAUGAAUAAGGACUUGGUGGACGGUCCCAAUGAUCCCAUACAUAUCACUAAGGUCAUUCCAGUGUGCCAUGGUAUGCAAAUGACCGACGAGAUACCAAAUAUGGAUAACUCAGUCACGUAUUGGCGCUAUAAAUGCAUCAUCACUUGCAUUGACAAUGGAGAGCGUCUAGAAUCUGAUGACGUCCUUUGCCACAUGUCAACCUAUGCAUCCGAAUCCAAAUCAUGGGCCACUUUCAAAGUGGCAUUGGUGAUCUGCCAGGAGGAAUAUUUCAGUGAUGAGUUCCAUCAUCUCAACGCCCCACGGCUGGAUGGUCUCGCAUUGAUCAAAGCCCUCAGGGAAAUGGACUUUCAAGUCAUCCCAUUGGUCAAUCUCACCUUGCAAGAGGUCCGCAACGCGGUGGAUCUUUUCUGCACCUUUGUCGAUGAGACGACCUACGCCCUCUUCUAUUACAACGGUCACGCCCUAGGUUACGGCGAAGAGACGUAUUUGGUAGCCAAAGACUCUGAUCUUUCUCCCAAUCUGCCCUUGGAAGCUCAACUGAUUUGGCACGGGGAGAUUGAGUUACGGAUUAACCGGUGCCAUCCUCUCUUGGGCCUUAUCAUCUACGACUCUUGUCGGGACGUGGCUCCUGAUUCCAUCAAAGGUCUUCUAUCCCAGGCUCAUCAUGAGAUGAUCACGUUCUCCACCAGUUUUCUGAUUGCCUACGGGACCAAGGCCGGAAUGCGCAGUUUCGAGUAUGCCAAUCAGUCCGUGUGUCAGGGCGUGUACAUGAAACAUCUGCUCAAAUACAUACGAGCCAACCAAAGCAUUGGCACCGUGUUCGAGAGUGUCACCGACAGCUUCACCCGUGAGGAAGAUCCCUCCAUUGCGGCCUCGAGAAUGACUCCCGAGUUCAAAAACGCCACGAAACAGAUCCUAUUCCUGAACUCGCCAUUUCGAACCCGUAAAUUCAGCACGGGCUUCCACAAAUUCUUUCAGAUCUGUCGCUACGAGCCUCUCUAUGGCGGCUUCAAGGACGCUGGUCACUCCAACGAGUUCAUUUGUGACCUCGCCAUUCAGAGAGAUCCGACCUCGGGUCAAGUGAUUUGGAUCACGGGAGGGAAGCAAAUGGCAGAUUGUGAUCCCAAUGAGUAUGGUGCCAUCUUUAAGAUCAUAGUGGGUCCCUCGGAGUUCAUGAAUGAGGCCUACCUCAAGACCGAAUUCAAAUGCUUAAAGGACACCGUUCUCUGUCAGACGGUUCGCUUUCAAGUGAUUCCCAUGAACUGUUUUCUGUCCAAGGCAGCUUCCGGGAAAGACGGGCACGAUCAGUUGUUUAGGCCGUGCAAGGGGAAGAAAAGCUUUGGGAUGACCGAUGGGCCUAUGUUCGAGCCACAAGGGAGCACUCGUCAAAUGGGAGAGUGCUCGGUGAUCGAGCUACAAAUGUCGCGAGAUCCACCCAAGUUUAAAGUGGUGCUGUACGCGGAAGACCAACAAACCAUUUGCCCCGGAGUCCUGAAUGUCGACACUCCGAUCGUCAAGAACUUUCCUAAAUUAAGGAUCAAUAACCUCGUGUAUAAAGAUCUGGUGUAUCUAGUUCCUUUUGGGCAUUAAAGAUCGAAUAUGGCAUUGAUCAAUCACAGGGUUGCAAUCUCUCGAAAUAAACAUUUAUUUUCAU